AUAACAACAACAAUACCCAACAAUACUUGCAUUUUGGCGAUGAGUGGUUUCGCUGACCUGUGGUCAGAGUUGGCCGACGAGUUCCAGUGCUCCAUAUGUUUGGGCGUAUUGUCGGACGCCGUGGACACCAAAUGCAAGCAUACGUUUUGCUAUCAAUGCAUUAAUCAGUGGCUCACUUCUCAGACCAGUAAACAGUGUCCGGAAUGCAGACAAUCGGUGGUCAACAGAAAUAGGCCACAGCCGGCGGGCGCCGCCAAUCGUCACAACCGCUUCCGUAAGCCUAACCCUAAAUGGGAUAAUAUCUUUAUCGGCGACGAUGUGGUCGUCUAUCGGAACCGAUCGUUGAAUAGGAUUAUCAGUCGAUUGCGGGCGAAGUGCGAGUUAGAGGCGAACGGGACGGACAGUCGUCGACGCUGUGGAGACAAAGAGGCGGAAGAAUUGCGGAAAACAGUGGCCAAACUGGUGGUGGAUAGAGAUCAGUGCCGUAAGGAGGCGACCAAUUGGCGCCGCGAAGUGGACACUAUGUGCGGCCAAAUCGAGUCACUGGUGACAGAUAGGGAUCAGUUUAAGUCAGAGGCGGACAAAUUGCGCCGGGAGUUGGAUGUAUUGGAUCCGGAUCAGUGUCGCGUUGAGGCGGCCAAUCAGCGCCGACAGGUGGACAGAUUGACCAUGAUGAACAAAGAGAUGGCGGUUGAUAGGGAUCAGUGCCUCACAAAUGCUAACAAAUUGCGAAACGAGAAACAAAAGCUGAAGGCAAAUGUGGUUGAGUUGCGGUCAGAGGCGCACGCAUUGCGGCGACAGAAACUGGAAGUGACGGCCGAUAUGGAGAAGUACCGGUUAGAGGUGUCCGAAUUGAGCCGGAUCAAACAACAAUUGGUGGCCGAUAGGGAUCGGAACCAGUCAGAGGCGGAAAGUUUGCGACGGCAAGUAGAGGGCUUAAGGGAACAACGAGGCAUCAUAAAAGCAAUGCCUGGGUAUCCGAUCAGCCGUUUUGUGGACCUGAGACUAGAGAUGGCCGAAGAGUUUCGGUGCUCUAUAUGUCUGAACCUGUUUGAGGACGCGGUGGACACCAAAUGCAAACAUACCUAUUGUUAUCAAUGCAUUCAUCAGUGGCUCACUUCGCAGAGCACUAAACAAUGUCCGGAAUGCAGACAAUCGGUGGUCAAUAAAUACCCCAAACCACAGACUGAGGGCGCAGGCAAUCGCACCGCCAAUCGUAACACACAAUACCGUAAACCUAACCCUAAGUGGACGGCUCUGCACAUCGGCGACGAUGUGCUCGUCUACCGGAAUCGAAAGGUAAACAAUUUCAUUAGUAUAUUGCGUGUGAAGUGCGAGUGGGAGGCGAACGGGUGUCCGCAUGUGAUGACUGUUGACGAGGCUGAGAAUCACAGCCGCCGGUGUCCAUACCUGGUGUGCGAGCGGUGCUGUCUGUCCGGCGGGCGUAACACCGAUCACGAGAAGCACAAAUGUGUGGACGCCUUACUCCGCGACCGGAAACGAUGGCGAGACCAGUGCGGCAAAGAGGCGGACCAAUUGCGCCAACGAGUCGACACAUUGACCCGCGAGAGCGUACAACUGGUGGCCGAUAGGGAUAAGUACAGGUCAGAGGCGGACACAUUGCGCCGCGGACUAGAAGUGUUAGACCCCGAUGAGUGUCGCGCGGAGUCAGUGAUAUUGCGCCGGGAAUUGGACAAAUUGAGCAUGGUGAAUAAAAGUGUGACCGCCGAUAGGGAUGAGUGCCGGACAGAGGCGGACACUUUACGCGACGAGAAAGAGCGGGCGAUCGCCGGUAUGGAUGAGUGGCGUAAAAAGGCGGCCGAUUUGCGUCGUGAGGCCGACGGGUUAAGAGCCGACAGAAGCUGUUGUGCCCUAAUCACCACCAAAUCAAUGCCCGGGUAUCCCAUCAACCGUUUCAUAGACUUGAGGCCAGAGUUGGCCGAAGAGUUUCGGUGCUCUAUAUGUCUGAAUCUGUUUGAGGACGCGGUGGACACCAAAUGCAAACAUACCUAUUGUUAUCAAUGCAUUCAUCAAUGGCUCACUUCGCAAUGGACCACUAAACGAUGUCCGGAUUGUAGACAAUCGGUGGUCAGCGCUAACCGCAGACCACAAACAUCCAGCAUAUCAUCGUUGACUGCGGGCGCCGGCAAUCGUGACACACAAUACCGUAAACCAAACCCUAAGUGGACGGCGCUGUUCAUCGGCGACGAUGUGGUCGUCCACCGGAACCGACGGGUGAACGCAUUCAUCAGUCGAUUGCGAGUAAAAUGCGAGUGGGAGUCGAAGGGGUGUCCGGAUGUGAUGAGUGUGGACGAGGCCGAAGCUCACGGCCAGCGGUGUCGGUAUAUGGUGUGCGAGCGGUGCGGUCUGUCCGGCGGUCGCAACUCAGACCAAGAAAAACACAUAUGUGUGGACGCGUUACUCCGGGACCGCAAACGAUGGCGAGACCAGUGCGGCAAAGAGGCCGACCAAUUGAGACAACGAGUGGCCGCUAUGGGUCGAGAGGCGGACACUUUGCGCCGGGAGAAGGAAAGGUUGGCGACAGAUAGGGAUAAGUACAGCAAAGAGGCGGCUAAAUUGCGUAAUGAUAUAGAAGUGCUGGACCCUGAUGAGUGUCGGCUGGCAGUGGCAACUUUGCGCCGGGAAGUGGACCUAUUGAGGUCACAGAACCGGACACUGAUCGCCACUUCAGAUAAUUAUCGCUUACUGGCCGACAGAUUAAGCCGUGAGAAACAACAGGCGAUUAACAGUCGGGAUCUGUUUAGCGCCGAAGCGGUUGUCUUACGCCGGGAGAAACAUCAGGCGGUGGCCGAUAGGGAUCGGUUCCGGUCAGAAGCGAACGCCUUAAGGGCUGAGAAAUGCACAGUAAUGUGA